UUCGUAGAUCGAUACAUGGAGGAACACCAGGCAGUUGCUCCCACCACGCCCGAGGCCGCCGAGCAGCAGAACCAGGCGGAGGUGGCGGUGGUCGUGGCUCCGGCUGCGGCAGAGAGCCCUAGCAAUGAUCCCGCCGAGGACGGCUCGCCGCCGGCGGUGAAGACCGCAUUGCUCGGCGGGCCGCGGAGGACAGGGUUGCAUCUUUUCGCUAUGAACAUCAAGAACGUGUUUAAGCUCGACGAGCUCGGCGCGGAGGUUCUGGGCAUCGCCGUGCCGGCGUCUCUGGCGCUGACGGCCGACCCGCUGGCGUCGCUGAUCGACACGGCCUUCAUCGGCCGGCUGGGGUCCGUGGAGAUCGCGGCCGUGGGGGUUGCCAUCGCCGUGUUCAACCAGGUGAUGAAGGUGUGCAUCUACCCGCUCGUCAGCGUCACGACGUCCUUCGUCGCGGAGGAGAAUGCCAUCCUCAGCAAAGGCGCCGGAGAAGAAGUAGAAAAGGAAAAAGAUCCAGACCACACUGGUGCCAGCAUGGACCCGGAGAAGCAAUCAGCUGAAGAAGCCGUCAAGAACGGUGGCUCCACCGAGUCCGACGAGGCGUCCCCGGCCGAACUCGCCGGGGGCGAGGGAUGCGCCCCUGCCGUCGGCCGGAAGAGCGGCAAGAAGCGGAGGUUCGUGCCGUCCGUGACGUCGGCGCUUAUUGUGGGCGCGUUUCUGGGGCUUUUCCAGACCGUCCUCCUCGUCGCCGCCGGGAAGCCACUGCUGCGCCUCAUGGGCGUCAAGCCGGGUUCGCCGAUGAUGAUCCCGGCAUUGCGCUACCUGACACUGCGCGCGCUUGGCGCCCCGGCCGUGCUCCUGUCUCUUGCCAUGCAAGGCGUUUUCCGAGGCUUCAAGGACACCAAGACGCCCUUAUACGCCAUCGUGGCCGGCGACCUGGCGAACAUUAUACUAGAUCCGAUCCUGAUAUUUGGCUGCCGUAUGGGCGUGAUCGGCGCAGCCAUUGCUCAUGUUCUUUCUCAGUACCUGAUAACGCUGAUAAUGCUGAGCAAGCUUGUGAGGAAGGUGGAUGUCGUCCCGCCCAACCUAAAAUGCCUCAAAUUCCAGCGUUUCCUCGGAUGCGGGUUCCUUCUGCUGGCGAGGGUGGUGGCCGUGACGUUCUGCGUGACACUGGCGGCGUCGCUGGCCGCGCGCCACGGGCCGACCGCCAUGGCGGCGUUCCAGAUCUGCUCCCAGGUCUGGCUGGCCACGUCACUUCUCGCCGACGGGCUCGCCGUCGCUGGCCAGGCCAUGCUUGCGAGCGCGUUCGCCAGGAAGGACCACUACAAGGUGGUCACCACCACCGCCCGUGUCCUGCAGCUCGGCAUCGUCCUGGGCCUCGCCCUCACGUUUCUCCUCGGACUCGGGAUGCAGUUUGGGGCCGGCGUCUUCACCAAUGACGCUGCUGUCAUCACGACCAUCCAGAAAGCCGUUCCGUUCGUCGCCAGCACACAGACGUUGAACACGUUGGCAUUCGUCUUCGACGGCAUCAACUUUGGGGCGUCAGACUACGCGUUCGCUGCGUGCUCCAUGGUCGGCGUGGCGGCCGUGAGCAUACCGUCCCUGAUCCUCCUCUCGUCGCACGGCGGGUUCGUUGGGAUCUGGAUCGCGCUCACCAUCUACAUGAGCGUCAGAGCCAUGGCGAGCACCUGGAGGAUGGGAGCAGCCAGGGGCCCAUGGAAGUUUCUUCGGCAGUGAGCAGUCCCCGGCCAGCAAUUUUUCCACGUAGUAGUACUAAUAUACAGUACACACCUACAUAUACCUGUGGGUAUAUUGUUUGUACCCCUACAUGACUACAUGUACACCUACACCGACACUACACGUACAUAUACUCGUGGGUAUAUUUUUUAUGGAUAUAUACCUCGGCCGUACGUGUUGAUGUGUUGUAGGUGUACACCGACACUACAUCCUGUGGACUCCCUCUUAUAUAUCCUACUAGUAUUAAUCAUUUAUUUAGGCUCGUGUGUAUAUAUAUAUAUAUAUAUGCCAAUUACUGUGUUGACUCAUGUUGCGGCUGCUGCUGCAAAAUAAUGUUGA